CCCAGGCUGGGUUGGGAUUUUACACGCUCAGGGUUCUCUUCAGUUUCACACAGACAGCCCUUUCGUUCCAAAUGGGAAAAUCAAGGGACUCAAAACUGUAGCCAUUCUCAGGGAUAGCCUGACAAAAGGCAAGGCCGAGUCGGUGCUUCUGGGGGAUGUAGAGUGAACCCCUGACACCAUUCACAGGGUCUGCUGCUGGAUUUAAAAAUCAGUGUUAGGAAUUGCCUACUCAUAGAGUUGCAACACUGGGAUUGGCAGAACACCGCCAGGCAAGAACUGGCUGGUUUCUGGCAUAAGACACCAACAGAGCAUGCGCUGGUCCUAUGGGCCCCUGAUCCCGUGGUGGGAAGGAUGGGGCAGUGGGCUCCUGAUCAGUGAGGGAUCAACAGCCUCACGAGUUGCCUGGUGAGUUACCCGAGCAAACACAUGGACAUGACCAGAACAAUGCAAUACCCACAUCACCCGCCCAGAACACAUGAACUUCCCUAUUCAUCAGGUACGUUCCAGGUGCCAAGUUCAGUGCUAGGCACUAGGCAAGUUCCCAAAAAUAGACUGAGACUCCCUGCCCUCCAAAUCACCCAGGCACCCUUGCCUGUCCCUGUUUUUAUCAUGGCCUUUGCCCCCGCCUGGCACCAUAGUAUUAACAAGCCGUCCCUGCUCCCACCAAAGCCUCAGCCCAGAAAGGCGGAGCUUUUUGUCUGUUCUGUAGCACUGCAUUCUGGCACUGGGCUUGGGUGCUUGGUAAGUAUUGUUUGAAUGAAGACUUGGAGCCAGAAGCAGACUUCAAACAAGAACUUGUCAGGCUGGCCUUGGUUGGGUGCUAGAAGGAAGCUGGUGUGAAAAUAAAGAUGAAUGAGUAGUGCCAUCACUGUCCCUGCUGGUGAUGCCUGUCCCUAGCCAUGCCUGGUCACGGCCCCUCUGGUACCAAGUGGGGCUGGACUUGCAGCCCUGGGGCUGCCAGCCAAACAGCCUGGAUAGCUGCAGGACCAGUCUCGGCUGCCCUGGUUACUGGAUGGCCCUGGGAGGAAAUCGCGUCUACCCCGUGGCUGGCAUCACGAUCACCACCACCAUGAUGCUUGUCGUCUCCCGUGUGAUGUUGUACCGGUGGCGUUCUCGGGUCGCCAAGGGUCAGCUCCCACAGGUGACCCCCAGCACCUGCAGAAACUGGAAACGGCAGGCAGCUGUCUCAGACCGCACCCUGGUCCUCAGGGUCCUCCACAUGCUGGAUGCCAUCCUGGUCCACAUUGAGGGCCACCUGCAGCGCUUGGCUUCCCAGCAACAAAUUCAAAUAAAAGGGACUCCCACUCAGUCUGGGUGACCCAAUAAUA